AGACAAUGGCCUCACAAUCUCUUGCCUAUAAGACAGGAGAUCGUCUCUUCCACUAUUCUCAUCUGUCUUCCACAAUCGUCUUCUUCAAUGAGAUCUCCACAAAUUUCAUGGCUCCUCCUCCUCUACUCUGUUUCUGUUCUUUUCUCCAUUGAUGAAGUUCUGGUUUGUGGCCAAUGUCUUGAGGAUCAGAGAUCUCUGUUGCUCAAGCUGAAUCAAAGUCUCUCUUUCUAUCCGCGGCUCCGUUCCGUUGCUUCAAAGCUUGCGACUUGGAAUACAAGCACUGAUUGCUGUAGAUGGAGGGGCGUCAGCUGCGACAAAGAUUCUGGUCAUGUUAACGUUCUCGACCUCAGCAGCGAAUAUAUAUCCGGAGGAAUUAACAAUUCAAGCAGCAGUCUCUUUAAACUUCGACAUCUCCAGAGCUUGAAUUUGGCUAACAACUACUUCAAUUCUACGAUUCCAUUUGGGUUUGGCAAAUUCGUCAAUUUGACCAACCUCAACCUGUCCAACGCGGGUUUUGCAGGCCAAGUUCCCAUUGAGAUCUCACGUCUGACGAGGUUAGUUUCUCUUGAUCUCUCCGCUACUUCGUUUGGACUCACUUUGUUGAGACUCGAAAAGCCGGAUCUCAGAACUCUUGUUCGGAACCUAUCAGGAUUGAGGACUCUCCGUCUUGAUGGAGUGAAUAUAUCAGCGUAUGGCAGUCAAUGGUGUCAGGCCUUAUCCUCUGCACUUCCUAAUCUGCAAGUGUUGAGCUUGUCCAACUGUUAUCUUUUAGGGCCGCUGGAUUCUUCACUUGCAAAACUAAGUUUCCUCUCACAGAUUCGUCUCAGCCAGAACAAUAUAUCUGAAGUACCAAUAUUCUUGGGGGAUUUCAGAAACUUAACUUCCUUGCAUCUCAGUUCUUGUGGGUUACACGGGACAUUCCCGGACAGAAUUCUUCAGCUAAGGACCCUUCGAACCCUCGAUGUAUCGCUGAACCCGCGUCUGCAUGGUUUUCUACCGGAAUUUCCUCCCAAGGGAGGAUCUCUUCAGACCCUGGUACUCUCUACCACUAGCUUCUCAGGUUCGUUACCAGAAUCUAUAAGCCAUCUUAGUCUUCUGUCCAAAUUAGAGCUUAAGAGUUGCAGUUUCAAUGGAUCAAUUCCAUCAUCAAUUAUAGAACUCAAGCAGCUUGAUUCUUUGGAUUUGUCGCUUAACAGCUUCACUGGUCUCAUACCUCCAUUGCCUGAAACUCUAACCCUGGUAAACCUUGCCCAUAAUUAUUUAACAGGUCCAAUUACGGACUCUCCUUGGGAGAGGUUUGCAAACCUUGUGAAUCUUGACUUAAGGAACAAUUCACUCAACGGAACGAUACCAUGGUCUCUAUUCACCCUGCCAACACUCAAAAAGUUACAACUAAACCAAAACCAAUUUGCUGGCCAAAUCAUGGAGAUACACAAUAUGUCUUCAGCACCGUUGGAUACCCUUGAUUUGAGUAGCAAUAAUCUGGAGGGACCAAUACCAUUAUCAAUAUUUGAACUCCAGAAUCUAAGUGUCCUUGCGCUUUCUUCCAACAAUUUCAAUGGCACUAUAGAGCUUGAGAUGUUUCAGAAACUACAGAACCUUACUAGUCUUGAUCUUUCCUACAAUAACUUGCUGGUCAACAUUGCUGUUCGUAAUUCUGACUCAUCAUUCCCCCAGAUCCGCAAACUGAUAUUGGCAUCCUGCAAGCUGCGAGGCUUCCCUGAUUUCUUAAGUCGAAACCAAUCAAUAAUGAGUAAUCUAGACCUGUCCAAUAAUCAAAUUCAAGGGAAAAUACCCACUUGGGUUUGGAAAAUUGGUGAUGGGUCUCUUACUUAUUUGAACCUUUCUUUUAACUUCCUCGACAGUCUGGAACGACCUUUGCCGGAUCUGAGUAAUAGUGCAUUGUCUGUUCUUGACCUUCACUCCAACUUGCUCCAAGGACCAAUCCCAGUUCUGUCAUCAACCCUCACAUAUUUGGAUUUCUCAAACAACAGCUUUCAAUCCAUCAUCCCAUCUACUAUCACUCCUUCCCUUGUCUUCACCAUCUUCUUUUCUCUCUCAAGCAAUAAUCUCACCGGGGAAAUCCCUCAAUCAAUAUGUAAUGCUGGUUAUCUUCGAGUUCUUGAUCUAUCUAAUAACAGCUUGAACGGCACAAUCCCCUCAUGUUUGGCUGACAUGAGCGCUACACUGACGGUACUGAACCUACGGCAUAACAACUUUGUUGGUCAUAUUCCUCAGGAAUUUCCAGUUGGGUGCACUCUAAGGACACUGGAUCUUAGUGGGAACAGAUUAGAAGGACCAUUGCCUUCAGCCCUGACUGAAUGCAUAAAGUUAGAGGUUCUCAAUCUUGGGAACAACCAAAUAAAUGGCCCAUUUCCAUUCUGCUUGGGAAGCUGUACUGACUUACGGGUCCUUGUUCUGCGCUCCAAUAGAUUCAGCGGACCCAUUGAAGGUGGAGGCACAAAUUAUACUUUCCCAAAGCUGCAAAUUGUUGACCUCUCUUCCAAUAACUUCACUGGUAAUUUUCCCACUGAAUCCUUUAUGACAUGGAAAGCAAUGAUGGUUGACGAGGAUGUAAAACAGUCGGAAAUUAAGCAUGAGACAUUGAGAGUCAGGUUCUUAAAAUACAGUCAAGUGUACUACCAGGAUACAGUGACAGUUACAAUCAAAGGACAAGAAAUGGAGUUGACAAAGAUCCUAACCGUCUAUACCUCCAUUGACUUGUCAAACAAUGGAUUCCAAGGGGAGAUUCCAAAUGUGAUAGGAAACCUCACUGCUCUCUAUUUUCUUAAUUUGUCACACAAUGCUCUAACUGGUCGAAUACCAUCAUCCCUGGGGAACCUGAAACAGCUCGAGUCAUUAGACCUCUCAAGCAACAAGUUAAUAGGAGAGAUCCCUCAGCAGCUGACAAAUCUAACAUUCCUUUCGGUCCUGAACCUCUCGUGGAACAACUUUUCGGGGAUGAUACCAAAGGGAUCUCAAUUUCAGACAUUUACAGAAACAUCCUUUGAAGGGAAUGAAGGCUUAUGUGGAGCCCCUUUGUCAAGAAAUGCACAGGCAAUGUUUCACCGCCAACAUCCAGAUCUGGAAACAUGGGUUCACAAUCUGAUGAAUUUGAUUGGAAGUUCAUAUUUAGUGGAGUGGGUUUUGGUGGAGGAGCUGCAAUGGUUGUUGCACCACUGAUGUUUUGGAAGAAGGGAAGGAAAUGGUAUGACGAACAAGUGGAAAGAUUUGUUUUCAUGAUAAUCCCCUCUGCAAGUUUGCUCUAUACCACCUGUGAUGAUGGAGGGGAUGAGACGGAGGAAAAUAUGGAAGAAGAGCUUCCAGAGAUAAGUGGAGAAUCCGAUGAUGAAGAGGAAGGAAACAAAGAUGAAGAAAGAUGGGGGAAAUUUUGUGUCUUCUGUUCCAAAUUAGACAGUAGCAGGAAGAAGAUUGUACAUAAUCCCAAUUGCUCUUGCCAUAGUUCGUCUCCAAUCAUUUAUUCUACCACCUCUUCUUCUUAGGUUGAAAUUGUCAAGUUCACAAAUUUCCCAAGCCUUGAAUAUUCUGUAUAUAAACAGAGAAAAGAGCACCCAUUAGACAUCGUUACUGAAGCAUAAAUUUUGUCAUUAUAUUUCUACGUGCUUGGUUUUCUGUGAU